UUGUUUUGAAUAUAUACUUGGUAAUUAAAGCUUCAUCUUCUUUCUCUAAGAUAUUCAACCACCAUGAAUGAUUCUUCACUGUUCUGCAGUUCAUCAAAUCACGAAGAAGAAGCUGACGUUUUGCAAGCCAUGCAUUUAGCUACCAUUUCAUCACUCCCUUUCACUUUGAAAGUCGCCGUCGAUCUCGGCUUGUUAGAUAUUAUAGCCGAAGCCGCCGACACUCCUCCUGGUAUGGUGUCGGUUGCUGAGAUCGUCUCUAAGCUUCCCACCAAUAAUCCAAACGCCCCUUCCAUUGUUGAUCGAAUGCUCAGGCUUUUGGCCGCUCACUCCAUCUUGACCUGUGAUCAAAUCACUGGCCAAGAUGGCCUGACCCAAAGAUCAUAUGGUCUUGCAUCAAUCGGUAAAUACUUCGUUCAAAAUGAAGAUGGAGUCUCCUUUGCUCCUUUGCUACGUAUUUAUCUCGAAAAAUACAUCCUCGAAUGCUGGAAAUUCUUGAAGGAUGUGACAUUGGAGGGAGGAUUCUCAUGCAAGAAGGCUUUUGGGAAGCAUUUGUUUGAGCUGCUGGCGGAUGAUGAUGAUAUGUCGAAAUCUUUCAAUGAAGCAAUGUCAAUUUACACAACUUUAAUAAUGAACCAAGUUCUUGAAACUUACAAAGGAUGAGGUGUGAGCCAAGUGGUCGAUGUGGGAGGUGGAGUUGGUACCAACCUUAAGCUCAUUGUUUCAAAGCAUCCACAGAUUAGGGGCAUUAAUUUUGACCUACCCCAAGUCAUCAAAGAUGCAGUUCCUUGCCCAGGGGUUGAGCAUGUAGCAGGAGAUAUGUUUACGGAAAUUCCUAAAGCUGAAGUUAUUUUCAUGAAGUCGAUGCUUCAUGAUUGGGGCGAUGAUAGAUGCUUGAAGUUACUCAAAGUAUGUUAUGAUGCAUUGCCUGAAAAUGGUAAAAUUGUAUCGGUGGAAUCCAUUAUACCGGAAAUACCAGAGACAGACAUUAUAACGAAAACAAUCUUCCAACGAGACGUAGCUUUGUUUCACAUUCUUCCAGGUGCCAAAGAGAGGACCAAACAAGAGUUGGAGGCAUUGGCCAAACAAGCUGGCUUCUCUUCUUUGAAAAUCGUUUGUCGUGUUUAUAACCAUUGGGUUAUGGAAAUUUGCAAAGCUGAUUGAUUGGUUUCAAUGACUUGGGUUAAUCAAUCCUCCUCAUCUCUGAAUUUCUUAUCUUAAUAACAUAGUCUUUUAUUUA